UAUGAUUUUCUCUUUCUUUGGUUUAUGUAAAUUUGUGCUCACCUUGCAUGCGAGUUUCGUGAUUGGUUCGGUUAUGUAUGCGACGUGAAUUUGCGAUUACAGUUAAUAUCUUCAGCGUAUCAGAGAUGCCGAUUGUCGGAGCAGAUUUGCAGACUCGCAGUUAUUCUUACUCGCUCUUCAUCUUCGCAUCAUUCUCUUCGAAUUUCAAUCUCUGAUACCGGCAUUGGGAGCUGCUUAGAGGAAUUUCAGGACUUGAGGUUUCCUUCGAUGGAUGUUGCUGAGAAUUGGGAUGGAAUGCUUUUUCUCAAAACCACCAUGGCAGUGAAAUUUGUCUAUUUUCUUUCGUUAGCCCUGAUCUCGUACUAGCUGAUGUUCAUACCUUUUUGCAGAAGAUGCUCAUUUUAAAGAUUCCUAAUGUUGCAGUUCAAUUAGUAGCAGAAGAUAGUGAUGUGCCAGAAUCACGAUAUGAAAAGGUUUUUCUUGCAAAUGAGUGCAAGCAGUUACCAAUCUCAGCUUCAAAUCUUGAUCUUCUUAAGUCAGGCAUGGAAGACUAUGUGCUUAAGCAUGGAAAUAAUUUAAGUAACAAGUGUAUCUCUUGUUUUACAACUGGGGAACAGCUCAAAGUUGGGAGUGGGGUAGCUUGCUGCACUGAAAAUCGUCUACACACUGAACUGGUGAUGGAGGCAGUCAUAGUAAUAAGUAAUAUAUCAAUGCAGAACACUGCAUGCUUCAGGGAACAUGGUAAUAAAACAGAGGUUUUGUAUUUCAAGGACUUUUCACAUUGUACAAUCUCCAAAUCAUUUAUGAAGGCAUUACGAAGCAUUGACUGGAAAACAUAUGGUUUGAAUAUAGGGGGCAUGGUAGAGCAAGAUGGCAUUACAUUACUAGAAUGGGAAAACUUGCCUAUAGAUACUCACAUUGAUAUUGUGCUCCACUCUUAUCAUAAACAAUAUCCAGCACAGACCAUUAUACCAUCAGCUCCAAGGAAAAAAUCUCCACUUGACAGAAACCUUGUUAAGAGAGCAGUUAAACUUUCACUAGAUGACUUGAAGGCGAAUCAUUCCCAGGCUUUUUUAAGUUCACGUGCCCUUCAGAUUUGCAGUUAUGCCCCUGAUCUGGCAAAAACAAUUGCUGGGCUGAUCUUGUCUUCCAGUGACUUGGAUUUCCAGGGAGAAUGCUUUUCUCUUCUUGGAUUACAGUCCCAAGAAGUUGGAACUGGAAUUGUGGAAAACUGUAUUGAGGAAAGGAUUGUUUCAGUUAUAGAGAUGAACGACCAGAAGCCCCACAAUUCUCAAGAGGCCGCGCCUUUCCUUUUCGAAAAAGAUCCUGUCCAAGAAUUAGAAUAUCAAGAAAACGAUUUCAGCCCCUUGGACUUUUAACUGCUAUAAGGUUUCCAUGCUUCCCUAGUCAAUUUAUGGUCCUUUUACGACUGUUUAGAUGCUAAUACCUGUGGU